CUACGCGCUCUUCUCAAGCGCGUCUAAAUCACCUCUCCACGACAACAAUCUCUGCAACUAGCACUGUAGACUAGAAUACAAAAUUCGCAGCCAGCCAACCAAAAUCAACGCUCACCGAUCAAUUCCGCCGGUGAUGAAACCUCCCCAAAAUCCGCACCUACGAUUUAAUCUACACCACAGGAUUUAUGCGUACAGUAUACAGGUGAUUGAUAUACGUUUAUGAGCUCUAUGAUUGGCGUCUGCCUCCGAUUAAUCAUGGAGCUUUUUGAUUCUCAAUUGAUUACUUUUUUGCUUUUUUAGGAUCUGGCCGCAGGUGACUAAGAAAUUAAAAAGACAUUAUUUGAGGUGAAUAUAGCAGUGUGCCGUAUUCCUGCACAAAGUUCAAAUGGAAGCACGUCCCGCCGUGUCUGUUCAAAGUGUGGUUGCAAGUCAACUCAGUAAUUGUGGUGCAUCAGGGGCACUUUCUUCUUCUUUCCCUAUGCUUCCAACAGUCCUAGGAGAGAAGUAUCCUUUGUUGCCAGACUUGCAGCAGGCUUCGACGGAAAAGGAACUCAAGCAACAUCCUGGAACUUUUGUUUCUCAUUUGCCUUCCAACAGUGGGGCUGUUGGUCUUAUGUUUUCAUCAUCAUCAGGAUUCUCGGCGGAUCUUCAUUUCUCAUCUGUUCCACCCCAAGAAAGUCACUCAGGACCUGCACCUUUCAUUUCUCAGUCAACAAAUAGUGAGACAUCAAUCCUAUUACCUCAUUCUGGAGUUCUUCAAUCCACAGCAUCUAGCCAAUAUUUGAACGAAAACAAUGAACCCUGGUGUAUAGAUCCAUUGCCUGAUUUCCUUGACUAUUCGAUGAAUACUCCUGUCCAGAAUAGUCAGCUAGCUUGUAGCAAUAAACAAAGUGAUUGGCAGGAAUGGGCGGACCUCGUAAUCAAUGAGGAAGAUGCUCUGACUUCUAAUUGGAACGAGAUCAUGGCUGAUACAAGCCUUGCCGAGACAGAGAUGCAAGAUCAGGAGGAAAAACAACCUUCAAAUUUCCCAAUGCAGCAAGUCCAAACAUCACAGCAAAUCCCAGCUGUGGCUGUAGAAAAUUCAGCUAUUGCUCCUGCAUCAUCCCCUGCAAGUGGUGCUGCAACAAAGCAACGCAUGCGUUGGACACCAGAACUUCAUGAAGCCUUUGUGGAAGCAGUCAACAAGCUUGGUGGAAGUGAAAGAGCUACUCCCAAAGGUGUGCUAAAAUUGAUGAAAGUUGAAGGUUUGACCAUCUAUCAUGUAAAAAGCCACUUGCAGAAAUAUCGAACAGCUAGAUAUAAACCAGAAGCAUCAGAGGAGUCUUCAGAGAAGAAACAUUCUUCAAUUGAUGAUUUGUCAUCUCUGGACUUAAAAACGGGAAUUGAGAUAACAGAAGCAUUGCGACUACAGAUGGAAGUUCAGAAGCGUCUGCAUGAACAGCUUGAGAUUCAAAGAAAUCUGCAGCUGCGUAUAGAAGAACAAGGGCGAUACCUCCAGGAGAUGUUUGAGAAGCAGUGCAAGUCAAUGCCUGGCGUGGACUUGGCUAAAGGCUCAUCAUCCACAGCAGAUGAUGCCUUUGCACAAUUGUCAGAUGCCGUUCAAAGUUCCUCCUGCAAAAAUGAUCCUGGAGUGUCGCAGGUUGAUAUUUCUAAAGAGGUUGAUGAGAAGCAGAAAAAGCGGGAAAAAGAAGUUGGAGAGCCUGAGACAAAUAUAACCAGCACAUUUGAUUCACCACCUUCAAAGCGCUCUAAAUUGGAUGAAUAAGCCUCCCUAGGUCACAAAACCUUUGGUAGGAUAGUUAUAUUUUGAUGCUUGGAACAUCAAAUUCUUGAGUAGAACAAGGUUUGGCUCGCGAAGGAGCUAAAAAUGCCAUGGUGUUCUUUUCAUGGCAAUACUUCGAUGAACCAUGGUGUAUCCUCUCAUUUGACACAGAUCAUAAAGAAAUAUCGAACUUUUGAUGUUAGAUUUGUCAAUAUGUGUCAUUCUAGACUCUAGAGCUACCAAAGGUAGAACGAGGAACUGGUGGUCCUCCUGAUGUCUAUUUCUUGUUCAGUAAGGUUUGAGGUACCAAGAUUCUUCCCCCCAUCAUUUGAAAAUUAAUGUAGGUCGUUUGAGUUGUCCGGUUACAGUGUAUGUAUCAGGAAUGGAAGUAGUUCUUAUUGCUUGGAUUCUCAUCAGUCGCA